CAACUUUUGCGCCCUCCAGUAGCAAUAGCAGCAAUAUGAGCAGCAGCAACAUCAAAUGUUAGGCCAAAAUGCACAAACCGCCAGCAACAAAGGCAGCACCAAGCGAACGAAACAACAACAGCUCCACAUACCACAAAGAGUGGCACAUUAGAAGCGGCCAAAAGCAGCCAGCCGAGAGCAUUGUGUAAGCCAAAGGCCCAGAGAGCCAGGCUAAAAGCCCCCAGACGCACAACAACAACAACAACAACUAAAACAGCACAAAGAGUGGCGAAAGGUGCACCCACCAGCAAAACAGCAACAACGGAGCAACCAACAACAGCAGCAGCAGCAGCAGCAGCCACAUUUCAGUUACAGCUCCAGACUCCCAGGUUGCAGACUCCCAAAGCAAACAGACUCCAGUCCACGAUCCAGCUCCAGUUCCACCGAUCCGAUCCACUGCUCCAGCGUGCUCGAGUGCCAUAGAUCCUCACCAAGUGCCAAAAUCCGCAUCCUGAUCCCAAGAGCUCAAGGCACCCCGGCCCAAAAUUGAGCUGAGAACGAAACGAAGGAAGUUCCUUAGUGCCAUAGAAAGCAGUUAAUGAAACAACGACUAAGACGAAGAUCGACCAUCCAGAACCGGAGGGAGCUAAUUGCGAACGAAAGAAACCACAAAGUGCCUUCCAUCAAUCCGUUGAUAAGUGAUAUUUAUUAUGUUUAUACUUGCCAGCAGCCGAGGCAGCAACAGCAAUAGCAACAACCAUAGGGGAUCACGGCAUCGAUGAUCAGUCCACGACCAAGUCCUAGUGCAAUCCGGAAUCCAGUUCAAAUUAGUUCAAUAAGCCGUAUCUACCACGUAUAAUGUCCACAUCCACCGCCACAACGAGCGUUAUCACGUCCAACGAGCUCUCGCUGUCCGGCCACGCCCACGGUCACGGUCACGCCCACCAGUUGCACCAGCACACCCACAGCCGCCUAGGAGUUGGCGUUGGUGUUGGCAUCCUUAGCGACGCAUCCCUAUCGCCCAUCCAACAAGGCAGUGGCGGCCACAGCGGCGGAGGUAACACAAACAGUUCACCACUGGCGCCCAACGGAGUGCCACUUCUCACAACAAUGCACCGAUCACCGGACUCACCGCAGCCAGAAUUGGCCACCAUGACGAACGUCAACGUGCUGGAUCUGCACACGGAUAACUCCAAGCUGUACGACAAGGAGGCUGUAUUUAUAUACGAAACGCCCAAGGUGGUGAUGCCAGCGGAUGGCGGGGGUGGCAAUAAUUCCGAUGAAGGUCAUGCCAUCGAUGCGCGGAUUGCGGCCCAAAUGGGCAACCAAGCCCAGCAACAGCAGCAGCAGCAACAGCAGACGGAACACCAGCCGCUGGCCAAGAUCGAGUUCGAUGAGAACCAGAUAAUCCGGGUGGUGGGACCAAAUGGCGAGCAACAGCAAAUCAUCUCGCGGGAGAUCAUCAAUGGGGAGCAUCAUAUCCUGUCGCGAAACGAGGCUGGUGAGCACAUUCUCACACGGAUCGUCAGUGAUCCCUCCAAGUUGAUGCCCAAUGACAAUGCAGUGGCCACGGCCAUGUACAACCAGGCCCAAAAGAUGAACAAUGAUCACGGGCAGGCGGUAUAUCAGACAUCACCAUUGCCGCUAGACGCGUCUGUAUUGCAUUAUAGUGGCGGCAAUGAUUCGAAUGUAAUUAAGACGGAGGCCGAUAUCUACGAGGAUCACAAGAAACAUGCGGCUGCAGCAGCAGCUGCUGCCGGCGGAGGAUCCAUCAUAUACACCACAUCCGAUCCGAACGGAGUGAAUGUGAAACAACUGCCCCAUUUGACGGUACCCCAAAAACUUGAUCCCGACCUCUAUCAAGCCGAUAAGCAUAUAGAUUUGAUCUACAACGAUGGCAGCAAGACGGUGAUUUACUCCACUACGGAUCAGAAGAGUUUGGAAAUAUACUCGGGCGGCGACAUCGGCAGCCUGGUGUCCGACGGCCAAGUGGUGGUCCAGGCGGGACUGCCGUAUGCCACCACCACCGGAGCCGGCGGCCAGCCCGUCUAUAUCGUGGCCGACGGUGCCUUGCCAGCGGGAGUCGAGGAGCAUCUGCAGAGUGGAAAGCUCAAUGGCCAGACCACACCUAUCGAUGUCUCUGGCCUAUCGCAAAAUGAGAUUCAAGGCUUUUUGCUCGGCUCACACCCCUCGUCAUCGGCGACGGUAAGCACAACCGGCGUUGUCUCCACGACAACGAUCUCGCAUCACCAGCAACAGCAGCAGCAGCAGCAACAGCAACAGCAGCAGCAGCAGCAGCAACACCAGCAGCAGCAGCAACAUCCCGGCGACAUUGUUAGUGCCGCUGGCGUGGGGAGCACGGGCUCCAUUGUCUCCUCUGCGGCGCAACAGCAGCAGCAGCAGCAACUAAUUAGCAUCAAACGAGAGCCCGAAGACUUGCGCAAGGAUCCCAAGAAUGGCAACAUUGCCGGUGCAGCAACAGCAAAUGGACCCGGUUCGGUCAUAACCCAAAAGAUCUUGCACGUGGAUGCACCAACGGCAAGUGAAGCUGAUAGGCCCAGCACACCCAGCAGCAGCAUCAACAGCACUGAAAACACUGAAUCGGACUCACAGUCAGUAUCAGGAUCAGAAUCAGGAUCGCCGGGAGCCAGGACCACAGCCACACUAGAGAUGUAUGCAACCACGGGCGGCACACAGAUCUAUCUACAGACCUCACAUCCCAGCACGGCGAGCGGAGCGGGCGGCGGCGCCGGACCCGCUGGAGCCGCCGGCGGCGGCGGUGUGUCCAUGCAGGCGCAAAGUCCCAGUCCGGGUCCCUAUAUCACGGCCAAUGACUAUGGCAUGUACACGGCCAGUCGCCUGCCACCCGGUCCCCCGCCCACCAGCACCACCACGUUUAUAGCGGAGCCCUCCUACUAUCGGGAAUACUUUGCACCGGAUGGCCAAGGUGGCUAUGUGCCGGCCAGCACGAGGUCUUUGUAUGGCGACGUGGACGUAUCCGUAUCUCAGCCCGGCGGAGUGGUCACCUAUGAGGGCCGCUUUGCCGGCAGCGUUCCCCCGCCCGCCACCACCACCGUGCUAACCAGCGUGCAUCACCACCAGCAACAGCAGCAGCAACAACAGCAGCAUCAACAGCAGCAGCAGCAGCAACAGCACCACCAGCAGCAACAGCACCAUUCGCAGGAUGGCAAGAGCAAUGGCGGAGCAACGCCACUCUAUGCCAAAGCCAUUACGGCGGCGGGUCUAACGGUGGAUUUGCCAAGUCCGGAUUCGGGCAUUGGUACGGAUGCCAUUACACCGCGGGAUCAGACAAAUAUCCAACAGUCCUUUGAUUAUACGGAAUUGUGCCAGCCGGGCACGCUGAUCGAUGCCAAUGGCAGCAUACCCGUCAGCGUGAACAGCAUCCAGCAGAGAACGGCGGUCCAUGGCAGCCAGAACAGUCCCACCACAUCGCUGGUGGACACCAGCACCAAUGGAUCCACGCGAUCGCGGCCCUGGCACGACUUUGGACGUCAGAAUGAUGCCGACAAAAUACAAAUACCAAAAAUCUUCACAAACGUGGGCUUCCGAUAUCACCUGGAGAGCCCCAUCAGUUCAUCGCAGAGGCGCGAGGACGAUCGCAUCACCUACAUCAACAAGGGUCAAUUCUAUGGAAUAACGCUGGAGUAUGUGCACGAUGCGGAAAAGCCCAUUAAGAACACCACCGUCAAGAGUGUGAUCAUGCUAAUGUUCCGCGAGGAGAAGAGUCCCGAGGAUGAGAUCAAGGCCUGGCAAUUCUGGCACAGUCGUCAGCAUUCCGUGAAGCAGAGAAUCUUGGAUGCAGAUACGAAGAACUCGGUUGGCCUCGUUGGCUGCAUCGAGGAAGUGUCGCACAAUGCCAUCGCCGUCUACUGGAAUCCGCUGGAGAGCUCCGCCAAGAUCAACAUUGCGGUUCAGUGCUUGAGCACGGAUUUCAGCAGUCAAAAGGGAGUUAAGGGCCUGCCGCUGCACGUACAAAUCGACACAUUUGAGGACCCCAGAGAUACGGCGGUCUUCCACCGCGGCUACUGUCAGAUAAAGGUCUUCUGCGAUAAGGGCGCCGAACGAAAGACGCGCGAUGAAGAGCGGCGGGCCGCCAAACGAAAGAUGACAGCCACGGGCAGAAAGAAGCUGGACGAGCUUUACCAUCCGGUAACGGAUCGGUCCGAGUUCUAUGGCAUGCAGGACUUCGCCAAGCCGCCGGUGCUAUUCUCGCCCGCCGAGGACAUGGAGAAGAGCUUCUACGGCCAUGAGACUGACUCGCCGGACCUGAAGGGGGCCUCACCGUUCCUGCUCCACGGCCAGAAGGUGGCCACGCCGACGCUCAAGUUCCACAACCAUUUUCCGCCCGACAUGCAGACCGAUAAGAAGGAUCACAUACUGGACCAGAACAUGUUGACCAGCACACCCCUGACCGACUUUGGUCCGCCGAUGAAGCGCGGCAGGAUGACGCCGCCGACCUCGGAACGCGUGAUGCUGUACGUGCGGCAGGAGAACGAGGAGGUGUAUACACCGUUGCACGUGGUGCCGCCCACCACGAUCGGCCUGCUAAAUGCGAUUGAAAACAAAUACAAAAUCUCAACAACGAGCAUAAAUAACAUUUAUCGCACAAACAAGAAGGGGAUUACUGCGAAAAUUGACGAUGACAUGAUAUCGUUCUACUGCAACGAGGACAUCUUUCUGCUGGAGGUGCAACAGAUCGAGGACGACCUGUACGAUGUGACGCUCACGGAGCUGCCCAAUCAGUAGCGCUGGCAGUACGGGUAGCACCCGCUAACCGCACUCAAAAAAAAAAGCAAACAAACACACAAAUUACGGACACAACAAGUUGUUUCAAUAAGCCAUUUUCCAUAGAGCCUAAGUCUAAAUAUCGUAGUUAUAAUAAUGGGAUCCGCAACAAAUCGAGUUGCAACGAAUGUUAAGAACGCUAACACAAUACGCAUGUAAAAUGAUACUUUAAAAUUGAUUUAGUUAUUUUAGCAACAAUGAGAUUAUCUAAAAUUGUUUGAUCAAAUUUUACAUUCUCGCUAUGUCUAUAGAUAAUUCUAAGCCCGUAAGCCCAUAAGCGUAAUCGUAAUCGUAAUCGUACCGUGUAUUUAUGCUCAUAUAUAAACAACUAUAUAUAUAUAUAUAUAUAUAUAUAUGUGCGGAGUGCAACAGUGUCUGUCCAGUAGGAGAUAAGUCUCGUUUCCGCUCCCCUGCUUAUGCUAUGACCUUAGGUCCAGGGCAAGUAUGAGUUACCGAAUCUAUCUAUUAGGUGCAUCUAACGAAAGGAAUCAUUAGCUCUGCACGAACUCUAGCCGUAGCCUAUUGUAAUCCAUUUGUAUGUUUGGCUUAAGCGUUUUACUUGUUGAAUAUAAAGUGUAAAAUUAUUUUUGAAAAAAAAAAACCCACACAAAACACAAAUCGUUUGUUCUAUAUUUCUGUUUCAAAACUAACUCGUUACCCACAAUCCCCUCUGUUAUGUAUAAUUAGGAUCUCUGUACACAAAAAAAAAAGAAAGCAUAAAGCAUAAAGCAUAUAGAUGAAAACUUUGACGAUCAAAUAAUUGGUAAAAUUCUCGCGAAGUAAUUAUCCCUAAAUCUAGAUAUAUACACCUAGAGAUAAGAACCAUCUGCAAUAAAACAUGUUGAUAAAAAUCGUACUUAAGUCCAAGCUAAGGCAAAAACAAAAUCGAAAAAAAAACAACUUUAAAAAAAAAACAUUUUUGUGCAUUUGUUGAAAAACAAAAAAAAAAUACCUAACGAACAAUAAUCAGCCGAGAAAGUUGAUUCAAAACUAAAAACAAUUAAUUCAAGAUGAACAGUAGCGCCACAAAUAAUCGCAACAAUCGGAUGAAUAUAGAUACAGAUAUAUAUGAUAUGUAUAGGGAUAACACAAGUCGCAUAGCUCGAAUGCGUUUACAAUCUUUGUUUGCCAUAAUUAACAGUUUAAUUUAAUUAACGAAAUGUUUUGUGUACAAUGUUAUUUGAAUUCAAGCAGAGACUUCAACGCGAGAUUUGCUUGGAAUUACGAAUACUCCGCAUCGAUUUCUACAAUUUUGAACAGUACGAGUUCAAUGCUCAAUAUUAUUAUUAAUUGUUUAUUAAUUGUAAUCUCUCUUAACUUUUACGCCCCCCCUUACGCCCUAAAAAUGCUCUAUUUUCACUCACUCCUUCUGCCACUUAACUCUUUUGAGGAGGGCCAAAAUCGUUUUCAACUUGACAUUUCCGGUGUUGUACAUCACAAUUUGUUUUUAAUUUUAGCCCUUAGUUCUAAAUGUACUAUUCAAGAUUAUACAAUAUUAUGAUAUGAGAUGAGAAGAGCUAAGAUAUCAGAGGAUAUGAAAUGAUGAUGAUGAUGAAUCGAAAAUCUUGCCGGCAUGUUAUAAUUCUAUACGUUUAGUUAUCGUAUACUUAAGUUCUACGCGCUCUUUCUAUAUAUUGUAUACACAAAACAUACACAUAUAUUUUAAAAGCCAAUAAUUUAUUUUUUGUUACUGUUGGAAAACAAUUCCGCGAUAAAUAGAAAAGCGAAAAAAAAACACAAAAAAAUCGUGAAAAUGCAACUGAGAAUAAAGUGACAUUCAAUCGUGUAAGAAGUGCAUGUCCAACUUGAGAAAUUAUAAAAAAGACAAACAAACAAAAUAAAACAAAUUGUACAAUAUAAUUAUAAUGAAUACACAACAUUUAAAUAAAGAACAAAAAGUAAGCAAA